CUCUGCUGAUGUGAAUAGGUAUUGCAUCUUGACCCGGAAAUGUUUGUGCUGCUUCGAUGUUAAUAACACGUGUUAAAUGUAGCCAAGCAAAAAAAUACGUUUAGUAGAGCCAAGGCCCACAUAAAGAAGUUAAAGCUCUUCCUGAAAACUCACUCCACCUAUUAGCAUGGGGAAAUCGAAGCAGAUAAAGAAUCACAAUAAUGGCAGAAAGAAGAACAUUGCAAAGACAUGGAAGACUAAACGCAGGACCAAGGACCUGGAUGAAAUUCACUCCGACAUGAAACCCGAAACUGCAAGCAAACUGCUCAAACAGCCAGUUGACUUCGAUGUCACAGGAUGUGCACAGAACUACUGUUUACAUUGCGCGCGGUAUUUUGUUGAUCUGAAUUCCAUGAAAGAGCACUUCAAAACCAAAGUGCACAAACGACGGCUGAAAAAGCUCAGAGACGAGCCCUACAGCCAGGCAGAGGCAGAGAGGGCUGCAGGUAUGGGCUCCUAUGUGCCCCACAAAGUCAUGGAGGUAAAGACACAGCCAAUCGAGGAGGAGAUGAAAACUGAAUGAGGAUGAAAUUGGAAACAGACUGCCUUUACAGAACCUCUCUAAAGCUUUGGUGUUGUGGCCAGCUAUUCUGGGCCCAAACAGAUCCUGCCAAUUAUUUAGGCGGGCAUACAGGCCCAAGACAAUUGCAUGUAUUUUUACAUAAAAAAUACAUGAACAUGAUUAUUUCGCAUAUGAUCAAUCGUAUGCAGAGAACAGUGCUGUUCAUACCAGUACAAUAAACUUAGGUGACAUGUAUUCGUUUUAUUUCCAGUAUUUUAUAGAAGCAGUUACAGGAUUGGAUUAUAUGAUGAUUGAGAAGCUUUUGUAGAUCAUAACCAGUCUUCAUUUCAUGCUGUUUUGUCUGUACACAAAAUAAAUGGUUCCACAUUUAA